ACUCUGUCUCUCAGAUCGACUGCUUUACGAUGUUUCCGAGCCUGAAAGAUCCCGAACACGCUAACGUUCGCAUCAAGAAUAUUGGCCAACAGGUGUAUCUGUGCGUGACGCAGGACGCCACAGGACACCCGGUGCUGGGCACCAAGACACUCAACAAUAUUGUUGAUCCUGACGUUGACUUUUCUCUCUAUUACUACACAAGUGCAGAAGCUUGGGAAACCAAGAUGGUGCUUCCAGUGCACCAGGCCACCAAAGUCUGCUUAAGCAUGACGGCAGAUAAGAAACUUCAGAUGUCGUCACUGAGAGACAUGGCAGCAGUGCUGAACUCGAAUGAACUAGAAGGUGUGUUGGAGGAUCCUUUGAGAUUCACGAAAGCAGACAGCAGGUUUUUCUACAUCAAGACAUCGGGCAGCAAUGUUGCACUCGAAGCCAUGAACGGUUUACACUCCAACCACUUCCUUAUAAUCAACGAAUCAAACAAGCUUGACAUUCAAGAACACCACAACACCAAUUACCCUGAAGAGGCGCUGUUUUCUGUAGAAGACCUCGACAACACGGAUUUGUUUAUAAACUCCUAAACAGAGGUGCAGUUUCCCCAUUGGAAUGAAAGAAAUGAUGUGAGGUGAAUCACAAGGAAACGGAUGAUGUCAUAACCGACUUCAUUUAAUACAGCUGCAAGUGAACGUGUUUUUAUAAACUCUUGUUUAGGCCCUUUAAAUUGAAUAUCUGACAGACUACACAAGAGAGAACUUUAAUGUCAGUACUGUGCAGAUCGAUGGUGAAUGUUUAGGAAAGACGGCGAAAUGUAUGAUGUGAAACCCUGAAUUUGCUAGGAAUUAAACUUGUAUGGUAUCCCUGCAUUCUGACUACAGACUCUGGAACUAAUAUUUGCAUUACAUAAAAUUGAAAAGCUAUAAAAUCUGCAGAUGUUAUUGAAUAUAUUCUCUCAACGUGAAAGCCUGCAAUUCAUUGCCAAUAUUUAGUUUUGUUACUGUUUGAGUAAUACAUUAAGCAACACUCUAUUUUGUAACCUAUUUAGCAAUGACAUGUGUGACACUGAUGCAUUGAUAAGUUAAUCCUAAUUUUACUGAAAACCCAAACUAACUCAAUCCAACAUAGUCAUUACUCAGCUGGGAAAUUUUCAGGCUUUUGUGAAACCCAUAUUUUCAUUACAGUAUUCACAAGAGCUUGAUGCUUGGCUGUAUCCAGAGCCAACUGAAUCUACUCCACACUUGCACACUCUGUUUCUUUAAAGUACAGUUUAACAUAAUCUUCACACAUAUGCUCAAGACCCCCUGUUGUCUCUUCCUGUAAAGUCUUACAAUUAAAAUUCUGUGUUUAUCAUCCCCAUAUGUGCUGUAGUUCCAGUCAAUCUCAUAUGCCUUACUAAACAAGCAGUACAGUAUUAUUUAUUGUGUAUUCAGUACUGUGGUAAGGUACUAACACCUGCAGAAUGUUGUGUUUAAAUUGUAACACUCACUCCAUUACUAAAGGAACUGACUGUAUUCCAUCUGUGCAAAAAUAAGAUGAUAUUAACAUAUUCCAGUGAAGAAAUAUUCCCUACCUGUUAUGGCUAGUCAUUCAGUUUCACCAAGUGUAUCAGAUUAUAAGCUGGUGCCUGGUGUGAUAUGCUUCAAAACGGGAAAUAGCGCAAAAAUAUAGGUUCGCAUCAAAGUAUAACCCGUCCAUCACUCAUAUGUCUGUAGCAUGCUUUUCUGUACCCUCUAUUCCUAAUUAAUCCAUAACUCAGUUCAUUGAUUUCUGUAAUGCUAAUGCUGAAGCACUAAAAUAUGGAAUAUUUGGGGAAGAUACUUUUAUUGUGUAAAAGUAUUUGUGUAUAAGGAGAAGUUUACUUUUAUGAUAUUUAGAAGUAAUCAUUAUAGUUAAUUGUUAAUUAUUAUAAUAGUAUUUUAUUUAUUUAUUUAUUUAUUUACAUUUGAAGGUUUGUGUAUGGAAAUUAUAAGGAAAUUGUAUGUCUCUUUCUUAAAAAUACAGGUACUGUAACAAAACUAAUAAACACUAACAUGUACAAGUAUCAAUAAUUAUAUUAAACUUAUAUAAAGUUGCUAUAUUUCUCUGAUUCAUGAAUUAACAGGAGUUUCUGUGUAGUUUCUUUUGUCUCUGCUUUACACAGAGAAGUUUCAAUAAAUAUUAUACACAAUU